GACCCAGAACCAACAUGCCUCCGAAAACGGCCAUCUCUAAGAAGAUGGCUGUUGGCAAGGCGUCGAAGAACAUCGUCAAGGGUGCUGCUGCUGAUGGAGGUAGAAAGGCGCGCAAAGUUCGUCGCUCGGAAAACUACCACCGGUACAUCCUGUUGGUGCUGAAGCAGGUCCACCCGGACACGCGCAUCUCGAAGAAGUCUAUGAGCAUCAUGAACAGCUUCGUGAACGACAUCUUCGAGCGGAUUGCGGCGGAAGCUUCUCGGCUGGCCCAUUACAACAAGCGGAUGACGAUUUCGUCGCGGGAGAUUCAAACGGCCGUCCGUUUGCUGCUGCCGGGAGAGCUAGCCAAGCACGCCGUGUCCGAGGGAACCAAGGCAGUCACCAAGUUUACCAGCUCCAAGUAGAGGAGUUAAACUAAACGGCCCUUUUCAGGGCCACUACAUAUUCACGAAAGAGUUAUUCUUCAAAAUCAAUCAGCGUAAACGUUUCUUGAGGGCGAAUUCCCGAGUCGAAUGGUUGCGAUUCCGGUAAAUUUUCUCAACUAUCGAAAGUUCCACAUCUCAAACUAAUGGAAAACCGCAACAAUUAUUUCACGAAUAUGGUUCAAAAUCUGCCUCCUUGGUUGAUCCAGAUUCCGCUAAGAACAAGAUUGUUCGUUCGACAAAGUGGUGAACGCAUAACGCUGUGACAAUUCGAUUUUUCCAUCAACUGUCAGUCGAACAAUCUA